UGAUGAAACAAUGUUCGUGGCCCAUGGUCCGCGGGUCGGCCGGCAGCCGCCGCAGCCACUUAUUUAUUCCGCAGUCGCCUGCCGCCGCGACCUGUACGCUGCCCGCCACCAUCAACCUGCCAACUACCGUUUAUUGGAAACAUGGUCGUAUUCUAGAGUGACGGUUGACUUGUGAUACAUUGCUUCAAACAUUAUUUCUCAAAUUAAUCAAAAUGGCAGUGAUAUUUAUUAAAUUUUUUGAUGUGGUGCCAGUGCGUUUCAAUUUGUGGGUGAUGCUGUUCACCAGCUGCUGGGUGGUGUACAUGCUCCGAGUGAAUAUGAGUCUCAAUCUCAUUGCCAUGGUACCGCAGACACACUCCAAUGGCUCUAUAUCACGAUCCCAGUGUGACCCGAAAGAUGACGUGUUGACAAAUGAAACUCUUCGCCGUGUCGACGGUGUCCAUGUGCACGCAUCCCAUGUUAAGCAAAUCCCGGGAGGUGCAUCUUUCAACUGGUCAGCCGAGCAGCAGGCGUUGAUCCUGGGAUCAUAUUUCUGGUGUUACCCAGUGACGUCACUGGUCGGAGGCAUGGCCGCCGAGCGCUGGGGCCCGCGCUACGUCGUCCUCGUGUCCUCCUUCGCCAGUGCCGUAUUGACAGCCCUCAGCCCAUUGGCAGCGAAUUUGAGCCAUAUAGCCUUAGUGGUUAUAAGGUUCUUUUUAGGCUGUGCUGGGGGUUUUAUAUAUCCUGCACUUCACGUGUUGGUGGCGCGCUGGGCCCCGCCCGCGGAAAAAGGCAAGUUCGUAAGCGCUAUGAUGGGAGGAACUUUGGGGACGGUGAUCACAUGGUCCCUCACCGGACCUCUCAUGGAAAAGUUUGGAUGGGCAUCAGCCUUCUACGUACCAGCUGCCUUGACUCUAGUUUGGUGUUUCUUCUGGUGGUACCUCGUGGCUGACACGCCGUCAGAGCAUCCCAGGAUAACCGAAGCAGAAAAGAAUUACAUAUUAGACGCAUUAGGAGACAAGGUCAAGAAAUCAAAGGGAUUGCCCCCAUUCAAGAGUAUUAUAACAUCGUUCCCGUUCUUGGCUAUGACUAUUCUGCAUUACGGAAAUCUGUGGGGCUUAUACUUUAUAAUGACAGUGGGACCAAAGUUCGUUUCAAGCGUCUUAGGAUUCGAGUUGUCAGCCGCAGGAGUGAUAUCUGCUCUUCCAUACCUUGCAAGGUUGUUCCUUGCGACGAUAUUCGGAGUGGUUGGAGACUUUAUAUUGGCAAGGAAACUGAUGUCCACGACAGUUAUAAGGAAAUUCUUCUGUCUGUUCUCCCAUAUCUUGCCUGGUGUCCUGUUAGUGUUGCUUGUAUACGCUGGAUGUUCUACAGCACUAUCAGUGUCUCUGAUCACAAUGUCAAUGGGAUUCAACGGCGCCGCGACACUGACCAACCUACAGAAUCAUCAAGACUUGGCUCCGAAUUAUGCAGGGACCUUGUAUGGCAUCGCUAAUUGUGUUGGCAGUACCGCUGGAUUUUUCACACCAAUGAUAACCGCAUAUUUUACAAGCUCAGGGAAUAGUUUCGAGAGCUGGCGUCCAGUUUUCUUCGUGGGAGCAUCAGUUUACAUUAUAUCAGCACUAUUCUUCAUAUUCUUUGGAACUGGAAACAUCCAAUCUUGGAACUUCCCACCUGAAGAUAAGGGUAAAGAUGAUAAGUCAAAUGGAGAUCUCAAAGAAAUGAAUGGUGCGCCACCCAAAAAUGUUGAGACGAAAGAGAUAAAAGAAACCGCCUUAAAUGUUUCUAAGUAAAAUGAUAUGGGCAUAAGAGAGCGCGACUGGGAAUAUAACUUGCAUCAUAGUUCCGAUCGUCGACAUCAUGUUGAUGUAAAAGAUGUACUGCAAAUAUGUGAUAAAGAAAUAGAUACUAGGAUAUAGACGGAAUUUUUGCUUCCACCUAUAUAAAAUUUCACAAAUGACGGAAUUGUAUAAAUAAGUGAUAGCUUUUAGAGUUCUAUUAUAGAGGUGUUGCUACAUACAAAGUCUUUACAAUGGUCCUUCUAUUGUGAUAAGUUUCGUUCUAGACAUUUGUUAGUUGAAUCUUAAGGCAGUGUACUUAGAAUUAUGAAAUUAAUAGUUGCUAUAUCCAGAGUAUCUCUGCAAAGUGCAUUUAUUAAGAUUGGACCUAAGAUACUGCCUAGUGGGACGCUUCUAUAAUAGGAGCUCUGAUGUUGACAUGAAUGUAUAUAUUUUAUUAUAAUCUAAUGUUAAUUGAAACUGACAAUAAUAUUACCAUUUCGAGCAGUUUUUAUUGAUGUAUUAUUUAUUUUAUGUACUUGCAUUUAUGUUUAGGUAAUUAGUAAUUAUUGUUAAAAUUAUUAUGAUGACGUAAAUCUUAAAAUAAUGUAAAUGCAUUGUAAUCGCUGUGAUCUUUAUUGAAUUUAUUGAAAAUGUAAUGUACUGACAAUUAAUAUUCAUAUUAUGGUUAGGAGCCAUCCCCAGUGGUAUUAAUAAAUUUAUUUAUAGUUCAUUAGUACUAUAGACUGUUAUAGCCUCGCACUGGUUCAGCCGUGUAGGUACUGGAAUUGUAUAGCAGUUAUUUUAUGUGCUGAGUAGCAAGUUGCUACUUAUUGAUCUUGCCUGCUGUGGGACGACGACCCUGUCUAAAGAAUUAAGUUUAUUAAUAAUGAAUAUAAGUAUAUUUAUAUCAGCCAAGAAGUGGUUUAGGAUCACGUUUAGUAACCAAAUACAUUUGAUACCAUUUUCAUAUAAUUUUUGUAAGAUUUAUUUUAUGAAAUGACGAUAUGAAUGCUUAGACAAACUUGACUGUUUGUUUGUAAAGUUUUUGGAAUUAUGUCACAAUAAGAUUUAAAGAGUAACAAGACAUGACUGCUGUGGACUCGGAGGUGUUUCGAAAGGGCAACAUUAUUGCAUAAAGAUUGGAUUUUAAUUAUAAAUGUGUAACAUAAUAUCCCUAUUUUCGUGUGAUUUUAUUGGUAUCAAUUAUGGUGCGCUGAGAUCAUUGUGUUUUAGGUUUUUAUUUUUAGUUGUGAGUUAUUCUAGUUAUGGAUUUUAAAUUUUAAUUGAUGUGAAAAUUUUAAUUAGACUUAUUUAAAACAUCGUCAAUCAUGAAAUAAAUAAACGUCGAUUGUGA